GGCAGCCUUAUCUGUCAAUGAGGAUCCUGGUCAACUAAGGAAGGUUGAUGGACAAUGGCAGAAACAAGACAGUAAAACUGGAGAAUGGUCUAAUGUGAACCCUGCUUUAGCUCACCAACUAGAUGCGGCAGCCUUAUCUGUCAAUGAAGAUCCUGGUCAACUAAGGAAGGUCGAUGGACAAUGGCAGAAACAAGACAGUAAAACUGGAGAAUGGUCUAAUGUGAACCCUGCUUUAGCUCACCAACUAGAUGCGGCAGCCUUAUCUGUCAAUGAAGAUCCUGGUCAACUAAGGAAGGUCGAUGGACAAUGGCAGAAACAAGACAGUAAAACUGGAGAAUGGUCUAAUGUGAACCCUGCUUUAUGCAAACAACUUGAUGUGGCAGCCUUAUCUGUCAAUGAGGAUCCUGGUCAACUAAGGAAGGUCGAUGGACAAUGGCAGAAACAAGACAGUAAAACUGGAGAAUGGUGUAAUGUGAACCCUGCUUUAUGCAAACAACUUGAUGUGGCAGCCUUAUCUGUCAAUGAGGAUCCUGGUCAACUAAGGAAGGUCGAUGGACAAUGGCAGGAACAAGACAGUAAAACUGGAGAAUGGUCUAAUGUGAACCCUGCUUUAUGCAAACAACUUGAUGUGGCAGCCUUAUCUGGCAAUGAGGAUCCUGGUCAACUAAAAAAGAUUGAUGGGCAGUGGCAGAAACAAGACAGUAAAACUGGAGAAUGGUCCAAUGUGAACCCUGCUUUAGCUCACAAACUAGAUGUGGCAGCCUUAUCUGUCAAUGAAGAUCCUGGUCAACUAAGGAAGGUUGAUGGACAGUGGCAGAAACAAGACAGUAAAACUGGAGAAUGGUCCAAUGUGAGCCCUGCUUUAGCCAAACAACUAGAUGUGGCAGCCUUAUCUGUUAAUGAAGAUCCUGGUCAACUAAGGAAGAUUGAUGGACAAUGGCAGAAACAAGACAGUAAAACUGGAGAAUGGUCCGAUGUGAACCCUGCUUUAGCACAUCAACUAGAUGUGGCAGCCUUAUCAGUCAAUGAAGAUCCUGGUCAACUAAGGAAGGUUGAUGGACAAUGGCAGAAACAAGACAGUAAAACUGGAGAAUGGUCUAACGUGAACCCUGCUUUAGCUCACCAACUAGAUGUGGCAGCCUUAUCUGUUAAUGAAGACCCAGGUCAACUAAGAAAGAUUGAUGGACAAUGGCAGAAGCAAGACAGUAAAACUGGGGAAUGGUCCAAUGUUAACCCUGCUUUAGCUCACCAACUAGAUGCGACAGCCUUAUCUGUCAAUGAAGAUCCUGGUCAACUAAGGAAGAUUGAUGGACAGUGGCAGAAGCAAGACAGCAAAACUGGAGAAUGGUCCAAUGUUAACCCUGCUUUAGCUCACCAACUAGAUGCGGCAGCCUUAUCUGUCAAUGAAGAUCCUGGUCAACUAAGAAAGGUUGAUGGACAAUGGCAGAAACAAGACAGCAAAACUGGAGAAUGGUCCAAUGUGAACCCUGCUUUAGCCAAACAACUAGAUGUGGCAGCCUUAUCUGUCAAUGAAGAUCCUGGUCAACUAAGGAAGGUUGAUGGACAAUGGCAGAAACAAGACAGUAAAACUGGAGAAUGGUCUAACGUGAACCCUGCUUUAGCUCACCAACUAGAUGUGGCAGCCUUAUCUGUUACUGAAGAUCCUGGUCAACUUAGAAAGAUUGAUGGACAGUGGCAGAAACAAAACAGCAAAACUGGAGAAUGGUCUAAUGUGAACCCUGCUUUAGCUCACCAACUAGAUGUGGCAGCCUUAUCUGUCAAUGAGGAUCCUGGUCAACUAAGGAAGAUUGAUGGACAAUGGCAGAAACAAGACAGCAAAACUGGAGAAUGGUCUAAUGUGAACCCUGCUUUAGCCAAACAACUAGAUGUGGCAGCCUUAUCUGUCAAUGAAGAUCCUGGUCAACUAAGGAAGGUUGAUGGACAAUGGCAGAAACAAGACAGUAAAACUGGGGAAUGGUCCAAUGUGAACCCUGCUUUAGCUCACCAAUUAGAUGUGGCAGCCUUAUCUGUUACUGAAGAUCCUGGUCAACUAAGGAAGAUUGAUGGACAGUGGCAGAAGCAAGACAGUAAAACUGGAGAAUGGUCCAAUGUGAGCCCUGAUUUAGCCAAACAACUAGAUGCUACAGCCUUAUCAGUCAAUGAAGAUCCUGGUCAUCUCAGAAAGAUUGAUGGACAAUGGCAGAAACAAAACAGCAAAACUGGAGAAUGGUCUAAUGUGAACCCUGCUUUAGCUCACCAACUAGAUGUGGCAGCCUUAUCUGUCAAUGAGGAUCCUGGUCAACUAAGGAAGGUUGAUGAACAAUGGCAGAAACAAGACAGCAAAACUGGAGAAUGGUCCAAUGUUAACCCUGCUUUAGCUCACCAACUAGAUGCGACAGCCUUAUCUGUCAAUGAAGAUCCUGGUCAACUAAGGAAGGUUGAUGAACAAUGGCAGAAACAAGACAGUAAAACUGGAGAAUGGUCCAAUGUGAACCCUGCUUUAGCUCACCAACUAGAUGUGGCAGCCUUAUCUGUCAAUGAGGAUCUUGGUCAACUAAGGAAGAUUGAUGGACAGUGGCAGAAGCAAGAAAGUAAAACUGGAGAAUGGUCCAAUGUUAACCCUGCUUUAGCACAUCAACUAGAUGUGGCAGCCUUAUCUGUCAAUGAAGAUCCUGGUCAACUCAGAAAGAUUGAUGGACAGUGGCAGAAGCAAGACAGUAAAACUGGAGAAUGGUCUAAUGUGAACCCUGCUCUAGCUCACCAACUAGAUGUGACAGCCUUAUCUGUCAAUGAGGUUCCUGGUCAACUAAGGAAGAUUGAUGGACAGUGGCAGAAGCAAGAAAGUAAAACUGGAGAAUGGUCUAAUGUGAACCCUGCUCUAGCUCACCAACUAGAUGUGGCAGCCUUAUCUGUCAAUGAGGAUCCUGGUCAACUAAGGAAGGUUGAUGGACAAUGGCAGAAACAAGACAGCAAAACUGAAGAAUGGUCUAAUGUUAACCCUGCUCUAGCUCACCAACUAGAUGUGGCAGCCUUAUCUGUCAAUGAGGAUCCUGGUCAACUAAGGAAGGUUGAUGGACAAUGGCAGAAACAAGACAGCAAAACUGGAGAAUGGUCUAAUGUGAACCCUGCUCUAGCUCACCAACUAGAUGUGGCAGCCUUAUCUGUCAAUGAGGAUCCUGGUCAACUAAGGAAGGUUGAUGGACAAUGGCAGAAACAAGACAGCAAAACUGGAGAAUGGUCUAAUGUUAACCCUGCUUUAGCUCACCAACUAGAUGUGGCAGCCUUAUCUGUUACUGGAGAUCCUGGUCAACUAAAAAAGAUUGAUGGGCAGUGGCAGAAACAAGACAGUAAAACUGGAGAAUGGUCCAAUGUUAACCCUGCUUUAGCCAAACAACUAGAUGUGGCAGCCUUAUCUGUCAAUGAAGAUCCUGGUCAACUAAGGAAGGUUGAUGGACAAUGGCAGAAACAAGACAGUAAAACUGGAGAAUGGUCCAAUGUGAACCCUGCUUUAGCUCACCAACUAGAUGC